GGUGCCCGGCCAAGUUUAGCUUCCUGAGGCACGGUGAGCGUGGCCGGUGGUCUGCUGCACUUCAGGUCCCUGCCGCUGAGGUCGCGGGUUCCGAAGAAUCGACUUGGUUGCCACGUGGCGGUCGCGAUGUUUUUCUCCCAGGCUGGGGCCCGACCGCGGACGUGGGAAGCCAGCCCCUCAGAACACAAGAAGUGGGUGGAAGUAUUCAAAGCAUGUGAUGAAGAUAAAAAAGGCUAUCUAAGCAGAGAGGACUAUAAAGUUGCUGUUGUAAUGCUGUUUGGGUACAAGCCCUCCAAGAUAGAAGCUGAUUCUGUGAUGUCUUCCGUAAAUCCCAGCACUUCCGAGCUUCAGGAAUCACAGGCCAUGAUGCAUUGGCUUUGAAACUUGACCACACUGCUCCAAUGUGAGAGCCCAGCUGCAUGAAAACCUCUCUGUCCUCUUUAGAGAAGGACCUUGAUGUCUUGCUGUGGAAGAUUAGAACAAGUUAAGGGCAUGUGGGGUAGGGGGACAGCAGGGAUGUGUUUACAUGGCUUAAUAUUACUUAAUGACCUUUAGAAUAUUGACUUCAAAAACUAAGGUGUAUGCUCCUCUGGGAAAAUAAUGUUAAAGAACUUGAUUACAUGUACACAGUUAUGUGUGUUACUAGAUUGUUUCUCUUUUUAAGUGGUGAUAAACAGUUGAAAUCCAUGUUUAUUUUCACCCAGGAAAAAACAAAAAAUAUUUGCUUUUUAUCCCACAAGAUUAUGAAAUAAAGACAUGACGACUUCAUAGCUCCAAAUACCAAUGAGUUUUCUGAAUAUGUAAUUUAUAAGAUAUCACAAGUCAUGUACUUUUUAUCUUGUGACUCACACAUGGAACCGUGGAAUUGUGCUUUUUUUUCUUACCAUUUCCCUAAAUCAGAUGCAAUGAUAAGUAAAGAGAAACUGUUAUCCAUGCUUUUCCUUUACCUCUGUUUUUUGUUUGUUUUUUACUAUAUCAUAUGUAAUUGAGGUUUCUGAAAUGAUUUAUUUUGCUGGCUAUGUGAAUAAAAAGUGACCUACUUUUUGGCAGUGCCACAUUUUGCUGUGUAUAAUGUGCACUUUUUGGCCCAAAUUUGU